AUGAAGUCACGCGUGGCCCCUACAAACCCGAUGGCCUCUGGAUACAUAGUGGACUUGGCUCGCUGCUUACGCUCGACCGUCACACGUGCUUUGGAGACGAAGAUUUUGAGCGGUGCUAACGUUAUGGAACGGUCAGCAGCUGAUACUUUCGAGUCCAGGAAGCUCAGAAAAACGAUGCAGUCGACGUGCGAGGCUCCGGAAAUGAGGGGCUCUACGCAUCAGGUCACCAUCGGAGAAGCCAAGCAACAGACGGUUCCGCCAAUUUUACGAGGUGCGAGUGAAGGAGCUAUCCAAAACAAAGCAUACGUCGUCUACGGAGCUGGUAAAGCCUUUCUGCGUCGUGACGAACCCUGCUCCCGCCACGACAUCGGCAACGGCCAGGAGCGUCGUCAGGGCUUGACGCAGGGCGUUCGAUUCAUCGAAGGAAAUGGUGGAGGCGACGACAAGGUUCCACGUGAAGAAACGAGGCGCAUGGCGGCUCUCGUCCUUGACGCCAAAGUCGGCUCCUUCUACAAGACCAACUCUUUCAUCGUGUCGAUUGCGGCCUUGAACAAUUGGUCCAAUCCCAAUGAGGUCUUUUGGAACUUGUCGACCGUGAAGCGUGCACCGUUAUUUCAACGGUUCUCGUUUGGAGGUGAUGAUGGGCACCGGCUACACGUUCAUUGCGAGUGGUUUCGACUUCAGCGACGACGUGGAUUCAACUUUCGCGCGGUGCGUGACUAUGAACAG